AUGGCCAAAGAAUCUGGUGUGGUUCCGGCGCCAGCGGAGGACUCUCUCGAAUACGGCCCAGAUAUACCAGUGCAACCAAAGGAGGGGGCCACCCCGCCUCGAGAGGUCCACGGCAUCACGUGGUUCUGCAUCGUCGUCUCCAUGCUCGGCUCCACCUUUCUCUACGCCCUCGACAAUACUGUGGUAGCUGAUGUUCAAGCCGAUAUCCUGCGCACGCUGGGCGGCGUGGAGAAGCUGCCCUGGCUCGGUACGGCCUUCGUGUGGGCGACCAUGUCGACGAUCCCGAUCUGGUCCCGGCUGUACGCCGCUCUCAACGCCAAGUGGCUGUACCUGACCGCGUGCGUCGUCUUCGAGGCCGGCUCCGCCGUCUGCGGCGCCGCACCAACCAUGAACGCCAUGAUCGUCGGCAGGGCCGUCACUGGCCUCGGCGCGUCGGGGAUGUACCUGGGCUGUCUGACGUAUAUCGCGGUGAAAACGUCGGAUGCCGAACGGCCAAGAUAUAUGGGCUAUACUGGCCUCAGCUGGGGAAGUGGGUUCAUCCUCGGCCCAAUCAUCGGAGGUGCCUUUGCUCAGAGCAGGCUGACAUGGCGCUGGGCAUUCUACAUCAACCUGCUGCUGUUUGUCGUAUUCGGUCCCGUCUUCCUGUUCCUACUUCCCCACCAUCGCCCGCAGAAGGAUAUGACUGUCGCAAAAGCGCUCAAACAAGCAGAUUGGCUCGGUUCCGUCCUAGAACUCGGAGGCACGUUGACCGGAAUCAUGGCCAUCUCGUUCGGUGGCGUGGUGUAUCCGUGGGGCAGUGGUCGUACAAUCGGACUCUUUGUUACGGCGGGUGUUGCAUCCGCCCUCUUCCUAGCCCAACAACAUUUCGCAUUCCUCACCACGAAAGCCCACAGGAUCUUCCCAAUGGAGCUGUUUAAGUCCAAGUCCAUGGUCUUGAUCUGGUUUCUCAUUGUCUUCCCAGGCUGUGCUCUGGUGGUCCCAAUUUUCUACCAGCCACUCUUCUUUCGAUUCGUCCACGGAGACUCCCCCAUCGACGCAGCGAUACGUCUCCUUCCCGUCGUCAUGCUGUUUGUCUUCUUUGCUAUAGCUGGAGGAGCCAUCGUAUCGAAGACGGGGUGGUUCUAUCCCUGGUACCUUAUCGGGAGCCUUCUCAUCAUCCUUGGUUCAGCAUUGAUGUACGCAGAUAUCGGCCUCGACAGCCCCGCCGGAAAAUCCUACGGGUACACGGCUGUCAUGGGAAUCGGAGCGGGAGCUAUUGGACAGCUAUCCUACUCGAUAGCGCAGUUCAAGGUCGAUCCCAGCCUGGUCCCGGAAGCCGUGGGCCUCAUCUGCAUGGGCCAGUAUCUAGGUAUCACGGUUGGCCUCACAGUCUCGGGCGCGAUAUUUCAGAAUCUGGCGUUCAAUCGGGUCUCGGCGGUCCUGCCAGCAGGAACGAGCGCGGAUGAUGUCAAGGCUGCCAUUCAAGGCCUCGAGGACACGCUGGCAUCGGUGGACGCAAUAACGCGAAGAGAAAUUCUAUUAGCGAUUGUCAGCGCAGUCAACAGCACGUACACGCUGGCGAUUGCUGCCGGAGUUGUCGCUCUCGUGUCAACCAUCCUCCUCGGGAAUGAGCGCUUUUCCAUGAGCAAGGCAACGGCAAUUGCAGCUAAUUAA